UCCAUUUUGCCAAACAAUGGCAAUCUUCUUUCUUGUCCACCAAAACCCUCACCUUAAUGCUGCUUUCCCUACGUGCAAUUCGUUUCUUAAAGGCUUUAGUAGAAAGAGUCCUUUUAUGUUAUUAUAUGAAUUAAGAAUGCAUCUGGAGGGAGGGAUUUCUUCCAGAGAAAUGCUAUAUCUCCUUGUGGCUAGUGAUUAUUAAUUUGUUUUGCUUGCCUGUUUCUUCUUUUCUUGAUCAAUAUCAGAUUGCAUCGAAACCAAGUAUGCAAGCAUUUCCACUCUGGUUAGUGAUAAUGCUGGACUCCAGAAGAAACAAAGUUCUCAUGGUAUUUGGAACUUUGAUGGCUGCUUCUCUUCUGCCACCAGUCAGUACUUCAUCUCUAGACAAGCACAAAUUUGUCCCAAAGCAUAGGACUAACCAGUCACAGCCAUUGAAGGGGAACCCUCAACUAGAAUUCCACAUUAAACUCCAUGCAUUGCUGCUCUGGGCUUCAAUCGGUGUCUUGAUGCCUGUUGGAAUAAUUAUCGUCAGAAUGUCAAGAAGAGUUCAAGGCAUUAAAAUGCUCAAGGCUUUGUUUUAUGCUCAUGUCAUUGUUCAGUUCACAGCAAUCCUGCUGGCCACUGCUGCAGCAGUUCUAGCUUUGAUGAACUUCGAGAACUCCUUAAACAACACUCACCAGAGGAUAGGAUUUGUGUUGUAUAUCCUCAUUUGGCUUCAUCCUUUAGUUGCCUUGGUCAGGCCUCAAAGAGGCAUAAAGAUAAGGAGCAUUUGGUAUCUUUUGCACUGGCUGCUUGGAACUGGAGUAUGUGUGUUGGGCAUUACAAACAUCUAUAUUGGCUUAAAUGCAUACCAUGAGAAGAUGUCAAGAAGUGUGAGCCUGUGGAAAGUCCUGUUCACUGCACAAGUCUGCAUCAUUGCCAUUAUCUAUUUGUCCCAAGAUAGAUGGGAUUAUAUGUUGAAGCAAGGAGAGAUCCUGGAUGAGCAGGUCAUGCCGAGUAGCCACUCGACAUCUCCAAGUAGCAACCAGAAGGAGUUGGUAGUAGUGGUGCCCUCAAGAGUCAAAUGAUUCAGUAAGGUAGUUUUUCGUUCCUCUGUUUUUUUUCUUCUGGUUGUUCAUUUUCCAGAAGCGAACAUUGGGAUGGAAGAGAUGUUUCUGAAUGCGCGAGGCCGAUUUCCUUGAUUGGUUUGCUUCAUGGUGGUAUCAUGACAUGAAAUUAUAUAUUUCAUAUGUGUAUAAUUGGAUAUGAUUGAGAGAGCCACAUACAUGAUGAUGCCUUUGGUCUCUAAUAAUUCAGCUAAAAAUGAGAGAUAGAUGGAGCUGUUUUUAAUCUCAAUCCAAUUCACUGUGAAUUAUGUGAAGAAAGCAUCUUAUGGACA